AUGGCUGCGUACGACACCGUCAAGACACCGCAGCGGCUGACGCUGGCCUCGCUCCCCGGGGAGCUGCACCAGCACAUCGUUUCCGACCUCGACGCGAUCGGCCUCAUCAGCCUCAGCCAGACGAGUCAAUAUUUCCGCUCGCUGAUCAAACCGAACAAAAGAGAAAUAGGCGAAUGGCUUCUCGCCAUAGAGAACCACCGCGAGCACGAGGCCCACGCGCGUCAGUAUAGCGAGCAACAGUCUCGCCCAGAGCAUUCCCGGGUGUACAAGGAGAGCUGGGAGCUCCAUAAGUGCCCCCGGUGCGAGCGGUGGCAGGAGUUGAGGGAGUUCCGCGACCCCCCAAUGAUCGAUAUGACCUUGUCGCCCGGCGCGCUCUGCAACUCCUGUUACGCCCAGGAGUUUGACCGGGAGGCUCUGGGCGAGGACCUGCUGCCACAUGUGCAGGGCUUGAUUGUUGGGAAGAUGGAAGCCCUGGAACGCCAGCUCACACUUCACGAGCGGCUCUCAGGGUCCAUGUGGGAUGUUCUCAGGCUGAGGAGGCCUUUGCUUUGGGUGAUUGACAAUGUGGUUCGAAUGGGAUACAUGGGGCACUUUUCUCACGAAAACAUUGACUGGCUCACCAAGUAUCAUGAACAGUACUCGGAACUCAGAGCUGAAGCGGUGACUCACCAAGCGACUGGGCGGCUGUUAGGCUCUUUUGUAUCACUUGAAAAAGUGCUUGGUUUUGAGGAGUGGUUCCACUGCUUCGGCGAGUUAAAGGCUGAGUGGCUCUGGCUGGCAGCGUUCGAGGAGAGGAUUGUCCGGCACCCUGGCUUGUUGGCCGAUUGGGCACUGGGGAGAGAUGGUGCUUCGCUUGAAUAG